CGGUAAGUAGUGACCUUUCUAGGGCAAUAAUGAUUUGGUGCCAACGUCGAUAGCACCACAGUAACGAGGCCAGUGCGACGAUAGAGUGUUUGGGAUCCAGCUUUGGAUCCAGAAGCAUUUGCCAGGCGACCAAUUAGAAGUCACGAGAGGUCUGGAGUCAAGACCCCGACAACGAGUGAAGAAGGAGCGAUGCAGGCGUUGCCCCUCGGCCCCUCCUCCCUGCAGACAUGCCUGACCCGGUCGCUUCUGCGCCUUUACCUAAACAACCAAUUUGACGUCAUCAACCGGUUCCCUCUUCUGGCGGGCAGUCACGGAAACAUUGACCCCUCCAUCAAAUCACAAACAGCAACACAGUCGCAGGCUGGGUCCAUGCCCAUGCCUAGCAAUUGCUCGACUUGGGGUCAAUGGUAGGACCAGAAAAAAGGUAUAAUAGAACUCUGUCCUUCCUGCUCAGCUCAGAGAUUUACUUUUUGCUCUGUCUCCUCUUCCAUCUUCCUUUAUUCACAAUCAUCUAGCCCUUGCCAUCGAUUCCAUCACCUCUCUAGACAACAUGCCUGUCUCCGUCCCCCAAUCCACCUCCCUCAAGGACCUCCUCUCCCUCAAGGGAAAGGUCGUCAUUGUCACCGGUGCCUCAGGCCCAACUGGUAUCGGCACUGAGGCUGCUCGUGGAUGUGCCGAGAUGGGUGCUGACGUGGCCAUCACAUACGCAUCCAGACCACAGGGUGGAGAGAAGAACGCACAGGAGCUCCAGGACAAGUAUGGAGUCAAGUCCAAGGCAUACAAGUGCGACGUCGGCAAAUACGCCGAUGUCGAGAAGUUGGUUGCCGACGUCAUCAAGGAUUUCGGCAAGGUUGAUGUCUUCAUCGCCAACGCUGGACGUACUGCCGACUCUGGUAUCCUUGAUGCCUCGGUCGAGAAGUGGGAGGAGGUCAUCCAGACUGAUUUGACCGGUGUCUACCACUGCGCCCGUGCUGCUGGUCUGCACUUCAGAGAACGAAAGACUGGAAGCUUCAUCAUCACUGCUUCCAUGUCCGGUCACAUUGCCAACUUCCCUCAAGAACAGACCAGCUACAACGUCGCCAAAGCCGGCUGUAUCCAUCUCGCCCGAUCUCUCGCCAACGAAUGGCGUGACUUUGCCCGUGUCAAUUCCGUCUCCCCCGGCUAUAUCGACACUGGUCUGUCCGACUUUGUUGCCAAGGACAUUCAGGAAUUGUGGCAUAGCAUGAUUCCUCUUGGCCGUGACGGAAAGGCCACUGAGCUCAAGGGUGCUUAUGUCUACCUUGCAUCUGACGCCAGUUCCUACACCACCGGUACCGACAUCGUUAUUGACGGUGGUUACACCGCCCGAUAGAUGUACGUUGUUUUGAAAGGGGGCACGAUAAGAGUUGGAAUUGGUCGAUGUAAGAGUUUAUGUGCCUGCACAUCUAUGUCUACUGGACGCAGGUAGUGUACGUUUUGGUCAUCUACACAUUGCCCGGCGCAAAGGUGCUGUUACGACCCGUCCUGCAUCUUGUCUUUGACAUUGUCGAUGCUUCACCCUGCGUGGCGUCGAGGCAUUCCUCCUUGUCACGAACAUUAAUUUACAUUGAUACGUCCAUACAUGACCAAAAAAGACUUUAUUUUCACGACAAA